AUGACCAAGGCAGUCGAAAAGGUUACAGGCGAGUACCGCCAGUACCUGCCCGACCUUAGCCUCCCGCGCUUCCAGGUGAUGUGCCAGCAGGAUGCGCAUGAGUACGCGAACGAGUUUAAGACCGGACAGCAGCCACCAUGGCUGUAUGCGCUGUAUAUGCAUUGGUUAGAGCUACUACAGGAGCCAUUCAAAGGCGUGACAACGGAUGGAACCGUCCGUCCGGGUCUGUUCACAAUACAAGAAGAAGACAUCCCAAUGCAACAAAUUGUCAAUGCAACAGAGUCGUUAACUGCUCUGCUAGACAACAAGCAAAAAGAAGCCAUCAACUACCACAUCGACUCCCCACAGUGGCGCACAUGGUCAAAUCCCGAGUUCCUGCUCGCGGACAAGGGCAUCCGGCUCGAUGAAGUCAACGCCACGACCCGGGAUGCAGUGAUGAAUAUCCUGAAGACAACCCUCUCACCAGAAGGCUAUGCGAAAGCCGUUAGUGCAAUGCGCAUCAACCACUUCCUCGGCGAGCUAGUCAAGUCGCCCGCAGUGAUGAACGAAUUCUCCUACAACUUCGUCCUCUUCGGCCGUCCAUCAACCACCCGCCCCUGGGGCUGGUCAUUCUACGGCCACCAUCUCUGUCUGAACAUCUUUCUCUACAAAGAGCAAAUUAUCGCGUCGCCGUGGUUCACUGGUGCAGAGCCAAAUGAGAUCGACGCUGGCCCGCAUGCCGGCACGCGCAUCAUGCAGAUCGAGGAGAAGCUCGGGUUGCAGUUGAUGCAGUCGCUCUCGACAGAGCGAAAGGCUUCCGCUCGUGUCUUUGUCCAAAUGAAGGAUCCGGCCAUGCCGCCCGGUCGCUGGAAUAAGGACGACCAGCGCCACCUGUGCGGUGCAUACCGUGACAACCGUGAGGUGCCGUAUGAGGGCAUUCUAGCGUCAAAUUUUGAUGCGGUCCAGAAAGAUCUCCUGUAUGGCAUCCUGGAGCAGUAUCUGCUUUAUCUGCCCGCUAAAUCGCGGGCCAUGAAGAUUGACCAGGUGCGCGCGCACGAAGCGGAGACGUACUUUUGUUGGAUUGGAGGGUAUGGCGAUGAGGAUCCCUUCUAUUACCGCAUUCAGAAUCCGGUGAUUCUGGUUGAAUUUGACCACCACUCCGGGGUGUUUUUGAGCAACGAGGAGCCGAAAAAAUUCCACAUUCACACUCUGCUUCGCACGCCGAACGGGGGUGACUAUGGUCAGGCGCUGCGGCCACAAAUUCCGGCCACGGAGGGAUUGAAUGGGAAAGCAAUUGUCUGGUAG